AAGGAGAGAUGAGAUUAAAAAAAAUCUCUUCCUUGAUGGUUCCAUCGAAGAUGAAAUGCUCAAGCAACUAUGUAGCACGUACGUAACCCAAUUCCACAACACAAUGUGAUGGGGGAAAUCAGCUGUGUUUUGAUGCCCAAUUUAUUUCGAAUCUGGCGCGAACCGGCGAGCCAGUUCCUGAAUCAGUCACAUGAUACGGGCUGCCCGCGAGGGCUCGAACGUCACUGCAUAAGUAAUCAAAGCAAACCUCGAUACGCGCUUUUUACAAAAACUCCCCCGAGAUUACCCGACACAGGCUUCGAAGCUUUGACACGCAGGACACAUCACUACCGGUUGGUGGCGGUAAUGAGUCACAUCGUUAUUUGCCAACCGCCGACAAACCACAAAGAAGAAGACGAAGUACUGCGCGUGCACACAGCGGAAAGUAGACUUACGGAGGAACGAUUAUAGCCACAGUCAUCAAACUUGUUAUCUACGACGGGGACUUUUGUGGUUUUUUUCCCAAGUCGGCUAAGGCAAAUAUAGUGUGACUGUGCUGAGCUUUCCUACUGGUACGUUUCUGUUUCUCAUGCGUGAUCGGAAAGAUAUAGGCUCUCGGAGCUCGGACAGCUUGGUCUCUCUCCUAGUCCAACUACAAAGCCGGCCUUCUCUGCUGGGGGAUCUUUAGUUCGGGUUAUUCUGAGAGGAGAUCCAGAGCGACUGGCAGGAGGCGAAGAGUCUGCUGGAGGAGCAGCUCAGCAGCUGUAGUCAGAAACAUCGGUUCUUCAUUGAAGGCAAAAGAAGUGGAAGCGUGCCGAAACCUCUCCAAAUUUAUGACCUCAUCAAAAACCAACCAAUGCCAGCAAGUAAAGAUGAACGAGUUGUGAUCCUUGUGGAGAAGACUUUCAUCACUAUGAAGCAGGCCAGAAGACGCGAGUGCAUUGACAGUGGAGACAGAAGCUUCAUGUGCGAUCAGUGUGGAAAGGCUUUUACUCGUAAUAGCAGCUUAAAACAACAUCAGCUCAUCCACACUGGAGUUAAACCAUUCAGCUGUGAUCAGUGUGGACAGGCUUUCACACAUAAUAGCAAGUUAAAAAAACACCAGCUUCUCCACACUGGAUUAAAACCAUUCAGCUGUGAUCAGUGUGGGAAGACUUUCACUGUGAAUGGCAACUUAAAAAGACAUCAGCUCGUCCACACUGGCAUUAAACCAUUCAGCUGCGAUCAGUGUGGAAAGACUUUCACACAUAAUAGCAAGUUAAAAAAACACCAGCUCAUCCACACUGGAUUUAAACCAUUUAGCUGUGAUCAGUGUGGAAAGUCUUUUACUGAAAAUGGCAACUUAAAAAAACAUCAGCUCAUCCACACUGGAUUAAAAGCAAUUAGCUACAAUCAGUGUGGAAAGUCUUUUUCUACGAGUAAUGGCUUAAUAGAACAUCACCUCGUCCAUGCUGCAGAUAAACCAUUCGUCUGUGCUCAGUGUGGAAAGUGUUUCACUGAGAAUGGCAACUUAAAACAACAUCAGCUCGUCCACACUGGCAUUAAACCAUUCAGCUGCGAUCAGUGUGGAAGGACUUUCACUCAGAAUAGCAGCUUAAAAAAACAUCAACUCAUCCACACUGGAUUAAAACCAUUUAUCUGUGAUCAGUGUGGAAAGUCUUUUACUGAAAAAGGCAACUUAAAAAAACAUCAGCUCAUCCACACUGGAUUAAAGCCAUUUAGCUGUGAUCUGUGUGGAAAGACUUUUACUCAUAGUAACUGCUUAAAAGAACAUCAGCUCAUCCAUACGACAGAUAAACCAUUCACCUGUGAUCUGUGUGGAAAGUCUUUUACUCACAGUAAAAGCUUAAAAGAUCAUCUUCUCAUCCACACUGGAAUUAAAUCAUUUGUCUGUGGUCAAUGUGGAAAGGCUUUUACUCAGAGUAAAAAUUUAAAACAACAUCAGCUCAUCCACACUGGAAUUAAACCAUUCAGCUGUGAUCAGUGUGGAAAAUCCUUUACUCUGCAUAGAAACUUAAAAAAACAUCAUCUCCUCCACAUUGGGGUUAAACCAUUCACCUGUGAUCAGUGUGGAAAGUUUUUUAGUCGCAUGAGUUCCUUGAAAGAACAUCAGGCCAUCCACACUGGCAUUAAACCAUUUGUCUGUUGUCAGUGUGGAAAGGGUUUUCGUCGCAUGGAUACUUUAAAAAAUCAUCAACUAAUCCACACUGGAGUUAAUUAAUAUUUAAGUGGUCAGUGCUGAAAUGCGGCCACUUUUAUGUAAACAUUUAAAAAAAAUCAGAUUGUUCACACUGAAUUGUGGUAAUUGUGAAAUUUGUGGAAAUUCUUUCGUAUUUUAUUAGAUAUUGUAAUAUUUGAUGUUUAUUUCUAUUUAUGUUCUUUUAAUUGUUUUUCUGCUUGAUGUAAUAUUUGUAGUUUCUAGUCUUUAGGUUCUGUUAUCAUACCUCCCCUCUUUUUCACAUUCUGAGUUUUGUCAGCAGUGGCAGUCCUAGCCUGUUUGGUGCCCUGGGCGAACACCCACUCUGCCCCCAGAGAGGGUGUUUCAUGUGUAUAUAUGUAUAUUAAAGAUUGUACAUGCAUAUAAAACAUGUCUUACUGUAAAAACUCUUGUUGGAACCAUAUUGAAUUUAGCCAGAUAAACACACACACACACACACACACACACACAUCUAUCUAUCUAUCUAUCUAUGAAGAGAGAGAGAGUAUGCAUAGUUUUCAAAUUUUGUACAAACAGCCAUUAUAAUCCAUCAGACAAUGAGAAUAGGACAAAUCAACAACCGACAAUGACAACACAGUCCAAGAUUGCAUAAGGUCACUGCUAUCCUCUAUGCUGUUGCAAGCUGGGGCAGCAGGCUGGGUGUCACAGAUGCCAACAGACUAAAUAAACUGAUCAACAAGGCCAGUAAUGUUGGACUUCGUUAGGGUGGUGUCUGAGAGGCAGAUGUUGUUCAAGAUAAAGACAAUCAUGGAUAAUACUUCCCACCCACUCCAUGAUUUACUGGCUAAUCACAGGAGCACUUUCAGUGAGAGACUGAGAUUACCAGAAAAAAUGAAUGACACAGGAAUCAUUGCUACCUGUGGCCAUCUCCCUGUACAACUCCAUCCAAUACACUGUAAACACUGCAAAAGUUACACCCUUUUUACAUAAGCUCUUUGCUAAUAUUCUUGUCAAUUUUCUUGAUAUUUAUUUAUUAUCCCCUCUGUUAAUCCAUGAUAUUUAUAAUUGAUUGAUCUUUAUAUAUUAGUGCUAUUUCCUAAAUGUGUAAAAUCUGUAACAUAAUGUAUUGUUUGGAGUUUAGUCUGUCACUGUUGCUAUUUUUAAAAUUUUUCUUGGAAUAACUGUAAUCCAUAUAUAGGGAUGGGUAUUGAUAAGAUUUUCACGAUUCCGAUUCCAUUUUCGAUUCUGUUUAACGAUUCGAUUCUUUAUCGAUUCUCUUAUCAAUUCUUUUUUAAAAAGGAGAACACUAAGGUCGAUUAGAUUAGAACUUUGUUUUAUAUCUUCUUUUUGAACAAGAUAGAAAUUUAGGAGUAACAUGGCCUUACAAACCCAACAGUGAGAUCUUAAGAGAUCCACAGCCUAUGGCUCUUCAAAGUGGUGUCACAUGGUCCCCAGGAAAAAGAAUUGUAAAUGUAAAACAAUAAAAUAAAUAUUCUUCUGUAGCAAUAACAAAGUAUAACAUAAAUUAUUCUGUAGCAAUUACACAAGAAUAUCCAGUAAUGUCCCUGCCUACAAUUAAACACAUUCACUUACCAAAAAUUGGGGGCAUCUGCUGUGGCAAAUGGGUGCAAGCCUUUUACCACAAACUUAGUCACUGCUUGGUGACAUUCAUCUAUCCUGGCCUGAAAGGAGACGCUACCGGUAGACUGCAGCGACAAUUGCCAGCGAGCGCCAGCCAGACUGUCUGUCUCUCUCAUCAUGGACCCCUAAAUGCAGCGCAAAGUAAUGGCAGAUUUUGUAAUAAGGCAGAUCGCGCUAACAUAAUAUGCACCGUUAGUUAAUUAUUUACCUGCCGCAUUAACGGGAGAGGACGUGCAAACGUUACCUCUGCUGGUGGGUUGAGAUUCACGAGUCCGGAGCGGAAUUAAAAACACGACAUUCAUUUUAAUAAGGUCAUCGCGUGUUUUGUGAGCAAAUGCUUUUGCGUAUUCAUAGUGUUUCCUCCCUUAAAUGAAAUAUCUACUUUGCAAGUAUUGCAAGUUGCCCUGUUGCCAUCCGUUCUCGUAAAGUAUAUCCAAACUUUUGAGCGUUUGAGCCGCUGUGUUUCCUGCCAGGUAAAUGACGCUCCGCAACGUGGUGACGUCAUUCGGGGCGACUGGAAUCGAUAAGGGAAUCGUUUGCAAAAAUGGCAAACAAUUCCAAGGAAUUGAAACAGUGGGAACCGGUUCUCAACAAGAACCGGUUUUCGAUACCCAUCCCUAUCCACAUAAUAUCCUUAGGGAUUAAUAAAGUAUUCUGAUUGUUUCAGGAUUCAUGACCUGCUAUUUUCCAAUGACACGUCUGCUUACUUGUCUCUUUUGCUCGUUUCUCCUCCUCUUCUUUUCUCUUUUUUCUAAACUGAGGACCUGAUGGCUUUGAACUUUUCUUGUCCAUCUUCCAUUGGUUUUACUUUUGUACUCCAGUAUGAACACCCAUCCUCCAACUCGAAGAUCACCACAACAUAACCUAAUAGACCUACACCUUAGUUGACAGAUUCACUUUGUCUAGGGUUUAUUUCUGGGAUUUCACACAACCCAGGAUUCAAAUCAUGAAUACAUAAUUAUUAAAUUGUUAUUAAUCCCUUUACCACUAGUCCUAAAGUGUAUAUGUAUUUUCUUACUCUUCUCAUAUUUAUUGUUUGUGUACUUGCAGUCGUCUCUCUAUAUACUGUACUGUAUAUAGCGGAGAUGACAAUAAAGUUUAAUUUGACUUCAGCAUAGUAGCAAGCAGGCACACCGAGGGCUCUCACACUCAUUUUAUAGAAUUUCAAAAAAACAUCGGUGCAAAUUAUAAGUCUGUAUCACAAUGUCUGGUGUUUUCGUGUUUGUUGGAUUGUUUUUAUUUUGUUUUAUUUUGCGAGUUG